GAGCGCGGCAGUCCCUCCAGAGCCGUCGCGGGGGGCGUGCGGCGCGUCGCGACGGUCCCGUGGCCAGGACCUGACCUCUGUCUGACCGCAGAGGUGCCCCCCCCCCCCCUGGGGAGUCCGCAGCGCACGGCGGUCGGCGGCCAUGCUUCCCCAUGGCGAGCAUAGUGAGCUGGCGGAGCGCAGACCCGGCAAGGGCGAAGGCGGCGGGAUGCUGGUCGAUCAGGGGAUCCUGCGGGUGAUCAGAAGUGCUGAGAACUCCUCCACGCCUUACACAGAUGCCACGCAGACCAAGAAACACCCGCUGAAUCACGUGAAGCGGCCGAUGAACGCCUUCAUGGUGUGGUCGCAGAUCGAACGGCGUAAGAUCAUCGAGGUCACGCCCGACAUGCACAACGCCGAGAUAUCCAAGGAGCUCGGCCGGCGCUGGAAGCUGCUGAGCGACGCGCAGCGCCAGCCCUUCCACGAGAUCUCCAAGCGGCUCAAAGAGUACCACCAGCGCGAGUUCCCCGACUACAAGUACCGGCCGCGCAAGAAGACGCUCAAGCCGGGCAAGACGACAGAGCGCACGCGCUCCAAGGCGCGCGCUGCCGCCGCCGCCGCCGGCUUUAAGGCGGUGGUCAACAACAGCGGCGCGUCGCGCUCUCGAAUCACGCAGACGGCCGGCGCCAACUUCACGCCCGUCAACCACCAGCGGCUCAAGCUGAAGCUCACCAUCGACAACAAGUUCCGCGAGAGCGUGAAGCGACAGGCGGCUGGCGGCCGGCGCCAGGAGCCGCUGGAGCCGCUGCGCGUGGACGCGGACGCGCUGGACGAGCUGCUGCAGCUGAAGGUGGCCGACCUGGUGACCGAACUCGACAUGCCGCUCGACGCGCUCGCCUCGGACCUCGACCUGGACGGCAUGUCCGUGUCGAGCAGCUCCGGGUCGCACCUCGAGUUCAAGUACGACCACGACGUACUGUCGGGGCUGGGCGACUUCAGAGACCCGUGGGCCGACGAGCCGCCCUUUCGUGACCUGAUCGAUUGCUGAGCGGUCGGCAACGCGGUGCUUGCCAAUGAAAGGCGUUGCCGCACGCGGUGCGCGCGUGCACGCGUGCCGCGGCGCCCCGUGCCGCGGCACGGCUGUGACAGACGCCGCUCCGUGAGACUUGUCUGGACGAGGCCUUACCUGUGCAGGUGCGCGUGUGGCUGCGUCCGCUGGCUGGCUCACUCGGCCCCAGCCGUCCGGCGCUUCAUUCGCUCUCGGUAGUGUAGCGUGGUAGCGUAUCAAGACAAUGCGUGACACCGCCGAGUCGGGUCACACUGGGUCACCAGCUAGUCCAGAGCCCAUCCGGUCCACUCGCCGGCUGCAGCCAAUCAAACCCACUCCAAUAACCCGGGCAUUUGUGGAGCGCCGGCGCCCCGGAGGCGGUGGGCCGCUCGUCCAAGUUCAAACUCUCUACCUUGCGAUGCCUUCACACGAUUGCUUGUGCCAUGACCGUUAUCACAUUUUCCAUAUAAUACGCGCACAGUACAAACGGGCCGGCGGUGGCACACUGCACCAUUGGAUCUCAUUGCGGGGCCGGGCGGCGCCGGUCCGUAUACCCGGUGUGGACCCGCACCCCGGAUCUAGUGGAUACCCGGAUCCAGUGGAUACCAGACUGACCUCACAGAAGACACAGAGCUUCCGCGUCCCAAUCAUGCCGCGGCGCCGCGCGCCGGGGCCCUGGGAAUCGGGCCGCGUUGCGUCGGUCGUUGCGGCGGCGCCUGCUAAUGUGGCGCACCUCGCCACGCGCGCCCCAGACGGGAUGGCGGCCGCUACGGUUGGGAGGGUCCCAUUCCGUGCCAACCGCCCUGCUGGCACGCAUCGGGCUGACCUGAGGCGCUGCCGGCCGCGCAUCGGGCUGACCUGAGGCGCUGCCGGCCGUGCAUCGGGCUGACCUGAGGCGCUGCCGG